CAGCUCCAGCGUUCCAUACAUUCAGACUUUGUCGGUGAAGGUGUGGCGUCUUUUGUGGAUGAGUAAUCGCCGUAUUGCUGCGUUCAAGCGCAUGAUGACUCCAGUGUACAGUAUUUCCGACAGCACUUGAAGGGAGCACAGAGAACCGAACCACAGCUAAUCGCCUCCCACGGAAACCAGCUGAGAGAAAGGGUAGAGAAGACAAGAUGGCGGAUUGAGUGGGUAGCGCUGUGGACAGACGGUUGCGACCCUCGAAAGUUAGUCGAAAACGCUUUCAAGGAAGAGGACGAUUGAGAGGCAUCGGAGUAGUAUUCGGUUAAGAGACAAUUGCCUCAGUUCGGAGGAGGUCGGGACGGGCUUUUCGACAACGUUAGCUUCAUGCUAACGUUAGCUUUUAUUCGCUUCGCCUAGCUGCUGUAUUCUGGGCAGUCGUCGAAGGCCGUGGGCUCUUUUUUUCAGAUUUAGUUUUGGAUGUACUUUUAUAACACGACGUUUCGAGAAGGCCUUAUCAGUCGCUGAUGGUAGUCGGUGGGAAAACCAAUCGGACAAGUCAAUAUCGUUUUCCCCAACUUGCGUGUUACGCUCCUUAAUUCCUUAACGAUUUCCUUCCCGAUCCAACACGGACUCGUUCUGUAUGUUUUGCUGGCAUUUGGCGUAGAUUGCCACUCAGAAUUUUCCUAAAGUGAAUUGUGGGAAUUGGAUAUUAUGGCGAGCAGCAGUGGUUCUAAAACCGAGUUUAUCGUCGGUGGAAAAUACAAGCUGGUCCGAAAAAUUGGAUCGGGAUCCUUUGGCGACAUAUAUUUGGCCAUCAACAUCACAAAUGGAGAGGAGGUAGCAGUAAAAUUGGAGUCACAGAAAGCCAGACAUCCACAGUUGUUAUACGAAAGCAAGCUCUAUAAAAUCCUACAAGGCGGUGUUGGGAUCCCUCACAUAAGGUGGUAUGGCCAGGAGAAAGACUACAAUGUCCUAGUCAUGGACCUGCUGGGACCCAGUUUGGAAGACCUGUUCAACUUCUGCUCCCGCCGUUUUACCAUGAAAACGGUCCUUAUGUUGGCAGAUCAGAUGAUCAGCAGAAUUGAAUAUGUACACACAAAGAACUUCAUCCACAGAGAUAUCAAACCAGACAACUUUCUCAUGGGCAUCGGCCGUCACUGUAACAAGUGUUUAGACUCGUCAGUGGGGAAGAGGAAAAGAAGCUUGGCUGUUAGCUCUUCUCAGGACCCAUCUUUCUCAGGAUUAAACCAGUUGUUCCUUAUUGAUUUCGGGUUGGCAAAGAAGUACCGAGACAACCGAACACGACAGCACAUCCCCUACAGAGAAGACAAGAACCUGACUGGUACAGCACGCUAUGCCUCCAUUAAUGCACAUCUUGGCAUAGAACAGAGUCGCCGUGAUGACAUGGAGUCACUAGGCUACGUGCUGAUGUACUUCAACAGAACCAGUCUACCAUGGCAAGGACUAAAGGCUGCCACAAAAAAGCAAAAGUAUGAGAAAAUCUCAGAGAAGAAAAUGUCCACCCCAGUCGAGAUCCUCUGUAAGGGUUUUCCAGCAGAGUUUGCCAUGUACCUGAACUAUUGCCGUGGCUUGCGCUUUGAGGAGGCUCCAGACUACAUGUACCUGCGUCAGCUGUUCCGCAUCCUCUUCCGGACUCUGAACCACCAGUAUGACUACACAUUCGACUGGACCAUGCUGAAACAGAAAGCUGCCCAGCAGGGAGCCUCUUCCGGGGGGCAGGGCCAGCAGGCACAAACCCCCACAGGCAAGCAAUCUGACAAACCCAAGCCUAACAUGAAAGGUUUCUGAGUGGACCCACAGCAGAGGUGUAGAGGUGUUGGUGACCAGGACCAACAAGUCUCUCUUCCUGGACAAGCGACAAACAGAAAGUCUGUGUCUCUCCUUCCAUAAUAACUAUCUAUGUAAUGGAAAUGUAUAGACGCACACACGCAUUUGUCUGCUGUGUUCUCUAUAUAUUCAUAUGUGUAUAUAAUAAAUCUCUCCACUCCGAAAGAAAAGAAGAAUGACAAACCAGGUUUUUGGAUGUGGAGGCUAUAGCCCCCUGCCCCGACCCUCGCACACUCACUCGCCCGCCCGUCUCGCCCUCGUCUGUCCUCUUUUCAGUGUUGACUUUUUUGUAAGGUUUCUUUGGAAACUGAAGUUGAGCUAGUCAGCUGGCCCUCUGUUCUCGCCCUCCCAGUGGAAACAUCUCAAGCUCCCUCCCCCCCGUCCUCACCACGUCCGUCACUCCCCCUCCACCUUUUACCGCGCAAAUGUUAAAAUCAUGUAAACCUGAAAACUCUUCUCCCUCUUUUUUUUUUCCUGAGAAAUUGAAUGAUGCAACCAUGGAUGUUAUUUACUAAAAAAAAAAAUCAAACGGAGUUUUCUUUUCUUUUUUUUUUUCCUCUGGUGAUUAGGAGUUUGGCUGUUGGUCAUGUAAGCAGCUGAUGGCAACAGUCGAUGGUAGAAUGAUGCUCUGGCUCUCUCCCUCUCUCUUUAGAGCUCUGAAUUGUUAUUAUUAUUAAAUCUGUUGUAAAACCUAUGGUCUUCUCCAAAAAUACCAAUAAAAACAUUACAUAACUUGGA